AAUCUUGAAGCCCAGGAAACACAUUAAACCCCAAAAUGUGAACUCCCCAAGGGAAAAAUGAUUUUGGGGCUAAAUUUUACUUAGUAUUGAUGAGCUGUAGGUGGUCUUCAAAUGUCGUGCAUGCAUAUCGUUGCACCCAUUUCUCUCUGCAUGCCUACACGCUUUUUUCUCUCUCCUCCCCGCUCCCUUUCUCUCUCUAAACCUAUACAUACACGUCCAUGACUCUAUUAUCACAUCGUCUUUUUGGUUUUACUAUAUUCAACUUGAUUUAUAUCUGGCAUUAGCCGAAUCGGCCACCGACCGCCGCCGUUGUUUAUUUCAAACUUGGGUUUUCGUUUUCUGCUGUUUUAUUUUUUUUUCUCUGUGCAAGUCUCAGAUUCAAUUUAAGGUUCCAACUACAUGGUAUCUGCAAUUGGGCGCCUGGGUUUUGUUUUUGUUUGAGGAUGCUCGCAUGCGGACGUUGGAUUCAUUAGAUUCGAACGAGGAAAUCGUGAGGUUUAGAAACUGAAUUUGCGAGAAAUGGGGUCGAAGAAUUGCAUGAACGAGGUGUGCCGCGCAACGACGUCGUUGGAUUUGAAGAAAGGUUGGAGCUUGAAAUCCGGUGGAUUUGCUACGCUUUGUUACAAGUGCGGAUCUGCAUACGAGAACUCUGUUUUCUGUGAAACGUAUCAUUCAGACGAAUCUGGUUGGAGGGAAUGCAGAAUAUGUGGGAAGAUUGUUCACUGUGGAUGCAUUGCUUCAAGACAUCUAUUUGAAUACAUGGAAUUCGGCGGUGUUGCAUGCAUAAGUUGCGCUAAGCGUUUGGAAAUUCAGUCUCCGCAACCAGUACAGAUUCCUAAUGAUAUUUCAAGUGGCAGAUCUGCCAAUAAAACUUGUACUAGGGAGGCCCAGCCAAUAGUUGUUGAGCAUAGAGUUGAUGAUGAGAAAUUUAGCACACGGAAGCUUCUGCAGCUGACGAGGGCUAUAGGAGUCAAUAGUGUACCUACUGCAGUCGAACUUAAAAAAGAAGAAUCCGUGCUUAGAUCUACAGAAAGUAGUAAACGCAUACAGAAUCAUUCCCAAAAUUGUUCAUCAUCUGUUUUUGUCAAACCCGACUACAGUAGACCAAAACAAGGGGUCAAAGAUAUGUAUGAAUCUCUAGCUCAUCCAUCCCUGAAGUUCUCGUUGACUUCUCCUUUGGGUAGUUCAAACAGUGUGCUGCCUAUUCUUCCUGGUACACCUGUUCCGGGCGGGCCUGUUCCCGGUGGGAUAGUCGAAGGAAAUGAACCGACAAAAGGUUCUUUGCAACAUGGGCAAAGGGCACGUCAUAUUUCCCCAAAACCCCCCAAACCCAGCCCGGUAGCGGGAUUGGAGGUGAGUAAAGCAGCUGCUUCACAGACACGUGUUCCUAGGCCUCCUGCUGAUGGUCGGGGCCGCAAUCAGUUACUUCCUCGGUACUGGCCUAGGAUCACGGACCAAGAAUUGCAACAAUUAUCUGGAGAUUUAAAAUCCACUAUUGUACCAUUAUUUGAGAAGACUCUUAGUGCAAGUGAUGCUGGGCGAAUUGGUCGCCUGGUCCUUCCAAAAGCGUGUGCUGAAGCAUAUUUUCCUACGAUCAAUCAAUCUGAAGGUAUACCAAUAAGGAUUCAGGACAUAAAGGGCAAAGAGUGGACGUUUCAGUUCAGAUUUUGGCCUAAUAAUAAUAGCCGGAUGUAUGUUUUGGAGGGCGUAACCCCGUGCAUCCAAAAUAUGCAAUUACAAGCUGGUGACACAGUGAUAUUUAGUCGGAUAGAUCCGGGGAGCCAACUUGUCAUAGGCUGUCGGAAGGCAGCUAACAAUUCUGAUGUGCAGGAGCCACAACCACCAGCUGCCUUAAACUGCGAUUCUCCUGGAGAGGCGUCGUUUUCUGGGGUUAAUGAUACUCAGACUUCCAAUGGAGGCAGAGCAUCUGAUGAUUCACAACCGCCGCAUAUGACCAUAUCAGAGAAGAAGAAGGUUAGAAACAUUAAAAACAAGAGGCUUCACAUGCACAAUGAGGAUGCUACGGAACUGAGAGUCACUUGGGAAGAAGCUCAGGAGUUAUUUCGUCCAUCUCCGUCUUCCGAGCCAACUGUGGUCAUGGUUGAGGACUAUGAAUUUGAAGAAUUUGAGGAACCUCCGGUUUUUGGAAAGAGGACUAUUUUCAUUUCUCGACCUUCAGGUGAGCAGGAACAACUGGCUCAAUGUGACAGUUGUUCAAAAUGGCGAAGGUUGCCUAUCAAUGCACUUCUCUCUGCAAAGUGGACAUGUUCCGAUAAUAUCUGGGACACGAACAGGGCCUCGUGUUCUGCUCCAGAGGAUUUAAGCCCCAGAGAUCUCGAGUCCUCUAGCGUUAACAAAGGCACGGCAACAUCCUCGGCCAUUUCGUCUUCUGAAAAUAAGAAGCGAAGGAUUUCAGAAAGCACGGCAUCGAAGGAAGGGGAGCCGUCCGGCUUGGAUGCUCUGGCGAACGCUGCAGUUCUAGGCGACAACAUAGGUGACAUGGCAGAGUAUUCCGCUGGAGCCACCACAAAGCACCCACGCCACCGUCCGGGCUGCUCCUGCAUCGUCUGCAUCCAGCCGCCGAGCGGGAAAGGGAAGCACGAGCCCACGUGCAAGUGCAACGUCUGCCUGACCGUCAGGCGGCGCUUCAAGACGCUGAUGAUGCGCAAGAAGAAACGGCAGUCGGAGCGCGAAGCUGAGCUCGCGCAGGAGAAGGACAACAAGUCAUCCGCCAAACUCGAGCUCGAGAAGGAAGACAUCGCAGGGCUGGCGCUCCUCAACAUGAACAACCCGGAGAACGAGACGGGCAACAACGGGGCCCACGCGGAUCUGGAGGAGACGAGCAAGGGCGGAGGGUUGGACUUGAACUGCGAUCCUCACCGGGAAGACGAGAUUCUAGCGGAAGCUUCCUGUAUGAACCUGACCACAUUGAUGAACUCUACUGCAUUUCCUCUAGACGUGUACGCGGGGCAGAAUGGGGUUGUGCCGAGCUCGGGAUCUUGCUCGGCCGCUCGGGAAAACGCAGCUGACGGCGGAGGAGGCGAGGCGGAUCGUGAAGACGGGUGACGUCGUUUGUUUUUUGAGAUGAUAAAGAGGUUUUUAGAACCCUUAUACUUCCUUUAGAUGAUAGAAUCUGUCUUGUUAAACUAUGUAGAUAUAUACAUACAUUUAUAUCGUUUUGGUUUGUGUUGGUCUGCUCACAGUUGUUCCAUACAAGCUCCAUUUUGUGCGUGGACGGAGAAACAUGAAUGUUGCGUUUAUAUACUUUGAUCAAACUUCCCAAAUAGUAAUAAUGCAAGUCAAGAAUGGUUUUGUUAUA